CCCUCGUAAGUCGCAUCCCAGACCUCGCCCUUCUUUCUCCACUGACCGACCCAGGAGCAGUAACACAUCAUACAAUGUCUGCUGCCAAGUGCUUGCUGUCUCUGGUGGUGCUGCUGGUGGCUGCAGUGUGCGCAGCUCAUGGCCAGGAGAGGAUAAAGAUGUGUGGGAGAGAGCUGAUACGUCUGGCCGUCUCGUCCUGUGGCAGCUCUCGGCUGAGGAGAAGCAUCCCGGACGUAGCACUGAGGCAGGAUCAGAACUCUUUUCACUGGGACCUGGACGCCUCCACAGAGGAGCAGCAGGCGACGGAGGACGUCCACGCUGCUCCAGAAUCCGAUGGGGAGAGGGUGCUCUUCUCUCUUGCUCCUCACUGGCACCCCGUGUCCUCUCGGAUUAGACGAACGGCUGGGAAAAUAUCUGAUAUCUGCUGCGAGAGAGGGUGCAGCAUGAAAGAGCUGAUCCAGUUUUGCUAGACGUCUGGAAUGCAAUCAAAUAUUGUCUUAAAAAGUUGUUGCCUUAUUGUUGAGAGGAAUGGUUACGCUUUAUUUCCAAUGAUGUAGCACUCAGGCAAACAUCAGUAAUUGUAGACACACUCAAAUGGAUUAUGUGAUUUACAAUGCCAUACUCUAGGACAAAAGAUAAAAUCACUAUGUACACAAGUCUUAUUUUGUAUUUAUAUGAUUCACUCUGCAAUAUUUUUUUAGAAAACAUUUCCGUCCCUGCUCUGUAAUAAAGCUUUUGAUGAUUAUUCAAGAGGGUU